AUGAUCACAGACGUGCAGCUUGCCAUCUUCGCUAACAAGGUGGGCAUGUCUGUCUUCUUACCUGUGGUUCUCUAUCACAACAUGACCGUCAACAACCCCCAGAAGCAGGAAGGAAAGUGGCGCUUUCUCCACCCCAGGGUUCCAGGACACAGUCUGAGGCAAGAUAGAGGGUGUGAGUGGCCUUCACACUUCACUUCAUCCCUUCUACCCAUCACAAUAUGCAAAGCAACUACACCUGGAUUCUUCCAAACAACUUUUAUUUCUUCAAAGUCUUCCUUAAGCAUAAGGAAUAAGAAGCUGCCACUGAAUAGGACCCAGUAUAGGGGCUGGUUUUCUACUGCUUCUCCUACACCCAAUACAAAAUUGAUCAAAGGAAGUCACAUUACCAUCAGUGGGGCAGAGGAAUGUACUUCACUACCACUGUAUGUUGAGAUCUGCCCACACCGACCUGCGUGGGACUCAGGACUAGGGUGGGCCCGGGUCCAUCAUGCCACCGGCGGACACCCUCCGAAGCUCAGGCUUCAGCACAAGACCGCCUCUUCUGACCAACAGACCACCACCAAAGCAAAGGCCUGGCCCACACCUGCUUAUGCCAACAUACAUGGGACUCAGGCCCAAGAAAUUGUUAAAUUGAAAUCUGAAGCCCAGGUACUUUCCAACGCCACUGGAGAUCCUGCCUUUGAAGAGGUAAAUAAGAUGAUAUGGGUCAUUGGUGCGGAUGGUAAUCCAGAAUGA